AAACAAAAAUUUGGGGAAAAAAGGUGUGGUGGUUCACGACAAACGUUGGUUCAAGUUCAACCAGUAUCCAUCAUCUUGUCUCCAAAACCAAGCCAGACAUAUGGCAACUCUUGUAGUUCCCUUCAAGUUCUAUCAUCUUUCUCAAAAACCACAAAUCCAAACCAUCAAUAAUAAACAUCGUAUCUUUCGUCUGUCUGCUCAGUCACCAGAAACUAUACAAAGCACAGUAGACCCAAUAUCCAGAGUCGAAUACACCCCCGGCCCCUUUGACCAUGUUUUCCUCGAUAUAUUCCGCAAUAAGAUGGUUCAGGAAGUUGGAUGGGAUUCCGAGAAGCCCGGUUAUGAUGGACUUAUAGAUGUAGCCAAUCGGCUUAUGGUUGCUGGAACUAACUCUGAAACUAAGGAAGCUGCAGUUCGCAUAUUAAGAUCGUUGUUUCCUCCAUUGUUGUUAGAGCUUUACAAGAUACUCGUUGCGCCUAUUGCUCAAGGAAAAUUAGCGGCUGUAAUGGUAGCAAGGGUGACUGCACUGUCUUGUCAAUGGCUCAUGGGUACUUGUACAGUUAAUGAUGUGGAACUUCCCGGCGGAUCAUCAUUGCCGAGUGGGGUGUUUGUUGAAAGAUGCAAGUAUCUAGAGGAAAGCAAGUGUGUCGGAAUAUGUGUGAAUACAUGUAAACUUCCUACUCAGGCGUUCUUUAUGGAUCACAUGGGAGUUCCUCUACUUAUGGAGCCAAACUUCAACGACUAUAGCUGUCAGUUCAAAUUUGGAGUUUCUCCUCCAGAAGAGGAUAGCACUUUGAAGGAACCUUGCCUAGAGAGAUGUCCCAACACCAUCCGACGAAGAACAUCAGCUACCGUCACAGUUGAAAUGAAAUGCCCAAAGGCAUAGAGUUCGAUCUUUGUAACAGAACCUUCAUUACAGGAGUUAUAAUACAGGUGUAUCAUAAAUUUCAGAUUACGUGGAACAUCUUUAUGCGCAACCAAUCAUUAAGGCAUCUAUGAAAGUGAAUGGCAAAUUUCUAUCUA